GCGUCGCGGCGGGGCUGUGGGCAGGCUUCCGCGCGCUGAUGCGCUUGCGCGGGGCUAGAUCCUCGGCCCUUUGGGGAACGUGGAGAUGGCGGCGGUUGGGGGACCUUCGCCGGAGCCGGCGGCUUCCGAACAGCCGGCGGAGCUCCCUGCGUCGGUGCGGGCGAGCAUAGAGCGGAAGCGGCAGCGGGCGCUGAUGCUGCGCCAGGCCCGGCUGGCGGCCCGGCCCUACCCGGCGACGGCGGCUGCGGCUACCGGAGGCGUGGCUAAUGUAAAAGCAGCCCCAAAGAUCACCGACACAGGAGGAGGCUUCAUUCUAGAAGAGGAAGAAGAGGAACAAUGUACAAUUGGAAAAGUUGUCCAUCAACCAGGACCUGUUAUGGAAUUUGAUUAUAUGAUAUGUGAAGAAUGUGGUAAAGAAUUUAUGGAUUCUUACCUUAUGAACCACUUUGAUUUGGCAACUUGUGACAACUGCAGAGAUGCUGAUGAUAAACACAAGCUCAUAACUAAAACAGAAGCCAAACAAGAAUACCUUCUGAAAGACUGUGAUUUAGAAAAAAGAGAACCAGCUCUUAAAUUCAUUGUGAAGAAGAAUCCUCAUCAUUCACAAUGGGGUGAUAUGAAACUCUACUUAAAAUUGCAGAUUGUGAAGCGGUCUCUUGAAGUUUGGGGCAGUCAGGAAGCAUUAGAAGAAGCAAAGGAAGUUCGACAAGAAAACCGAGAAAAAAUGAGACAGAAAAAGUUUGAUAAGAAAGUAAAAGAAUUACGGCGAGCGGUGAGAAGCAGCGUGUGGAAAAGGGAAACAGUUGUUCAUCAGCAUGAGUAUGGACCAGAAGAAAGCCUAGAGGAGGAUACGUACCGGAAGACUUGUACCAUGUGUGGCCACGAGCUGACCUAUGAGAAAAUGUGACUCGUAAAGUGUGAUGUUGCCACAGAUGAAUGGGACACUCCUAUAAAUCAUGCUUCAGGAAGAAAUUUGUAUGUUGUGGCUUAAAAGCAAGUUUCAGUUAGGGUCCAGCAGGUCUGGUUGUAGGCAUAAUACUGGGUCUGGGAUUGCUUUUUUCUACAACGGGGAUGGGAGCCAAGGGGUGGAGUAGGUUCAGAAGUUAGGUUAAAGCCAAAAUUGAGAAAUAAGAAACCAAGCCAAACCCUAUGUUGGAACAAGAGGAAGAGCUUUUAAUAAUGGCAGAAGCUGGCUGAACAGGAUCCUUCUCCCAGAAAUAACAGACGGUGGUAGAUCCUGAACCCAAGGCUGGCCGGGUCUUCUAUACCCUGUUCUCCACAUAAGGGAACUGGGGAGCUGUUGUUGGAUAAGCCCUGAUUCCCAGUAGGAAGUGAGUUGUGGGAGUCUGAUCAUGUUUCCUGUAUCCUUGGGGUUUACCACCAUAGGCCUUAACGUCCUUGUCUAGGUAGCCCUUUUCAAAUCCAGAUUCAAAUGGAAAAACAGCCAUAUUGUUUUACUGAUCAAAGAAGGUACUGUUAGUAAGUUUAUCAUAACUUGCUAACAUUUUACUGAGCAUUUACCAUGGGCCGGGCAGGGAUGAUGCCAAGUGGCUUACGGGUAUUCUCCUAUAAUCCUGGGAUGGAAGAGAACUUCUCUGUUUAUUUAGCACUUCUAAAGGAAGUGAUCACCUACAACCCACCAUCACCCCAGACAUAUGGAUCAAGUUUACCCAUUUAGUUCUGCCUCUGUCUUAUCAAAAGGCUUACAAGGUAGUUAUACUAAUAAGAGGAUUUGAUCCAAUGUGCCUGAUUACAGGGUUUGUGCUUUUUUCUUACAAAAACAUUCAGGUUAAGAUAAACCACAUGUUUUCAAAUUGUUCUUUGACCUGGCUUUUUUAGUCCUGUUGCUACAAACAGAGAAAUAGGAUGUUCAUAUAAAGCUUCCAGCUUGAGGACAAGAGUACUGAGGGAUCCAGGCAGCUGACAACAGCAUUACUGCAUGGGAGAUAUAGAGCCCUUGAGCCACGUGGACCUAGGUUCCAAUUCCAUUUUUUAGCUGUGGGCCUUGGGUAAGUUACUCUGUGGGCCUGUUUCUAUCUGUCGGAUGGGCAUGAUCCUGUCAGGACUGUUUGAGGAUUACAUAUGGCAGAUCUGUAGCACGUGGCAUCUAACAGCCACUUGUUAAUGAGCACAUUAAUAUAUGUAUAGUAUAUAGUAUAUAGUAUAUAGUUCCCAAUUUGUCUAGUUUCUUACAUCUUUGAAAUUCGGUCUGUAGUUUUCCUUAAACUUAGCUGCCAGACUGUGAGCGGGGUCACAUCAGUGCAUUCUUGACAUGAAGAGAGGAUCCAAGAAAUUCCUCUAGAAUUCAGAUCAAGCAAGUAUAAUUAGUCAAACUCUGCAAUACAUUGUGAAAGAUUUAUAAGUCAGUUUACGGUCAAAGUUCCCAAAGCCUUAAAGGGUCAUCCUUUUGGCUUCUUCAGGACAAGAGCCAUGUCUAACUGAAUACUGUUUGUGGGAAGGAGGAACAGUAUAACCAAAAGAAUAUUUAGCCAAGAGCCUGGGUUUUAGACUCCUUUCGGCUAGUAACCUGCCAUGCACCCUUAAUUCUGUGAACAAUUCUUGUUUUGCAUGGUAUGGUUAUUUAAAAAUCCUAGGAGUUCCCAUCUCUUGACUAUAUUCUGUAGUCACCAAAUGAAGGGUACUCCAAAGAGACCAUGUAACAAUAUGAAAAAUACUAAUACAGCAUAAAUUUAUGACCUAAAUAAGUGAAAGAUACCUAUGUUGUACAAACAGAGAAAUACUACUUAUCAGUUGUGGGGUUGUUGAUAAAUUUUUCCUCAGGUUUAAUGAAGGCUUAUUAAAAUGCUAGAAAUUUGCAAUGUCAGAUAAUUCCCUAUUUUGCAUAUUUUACAUGUGUACUCAUUUAUUAUCUUAGUUAAGCUUUAAUACCAUGUAAGAAACUGGCUCAAGAAUUAGUAACUCCUUGGACUUAAAUUCUAUAGAAACAAAGUCCAUGCCUACAGUACAGUUUUAGCCAAUCCAAACUAGCUACUUCUAUUUCCACUUUAGCAUGUACUUCAUAAUUGGACCUUGGACAAAUCUGUCUCAGAGAACAGAGGAAAUGACCGGACAGCUCCAAGGUAAUGGUUCCCAAACUUGUCCACACACUGGCAAUCACCCGGGAUCACCUGGGGAGCCUUAAGAACUACGGCUGUGUCCCCCGCCCCCCUGUGGUUUAAUUUAGAAAAUAACUUUAAAGACUCUCAGGUGACUUAUAUUCAGACAGAUUUGGGUAGUGCUAAAUAAAUAACACUUAAUAUGUGUAACAUUUUAAAACACUAAGAUCUGAAGAGAGAAUUCUGAAUGAGGGAAGAAUUGUGAAUGAGGAAAUCACCAAUUUUAAAGUAGAUUGAGAUGAUAAAUCAUGAAAUACCAAAGUUUAAAAAACAUUUUUAGUUUUAUUUCAGCCAUGUUAGAUUAUCCAUGAGCUGUGAAAAGCUAUGCUACUUGAUAGUAAACCCACCAGUUCUAUAUACUACUUUGUAAGCUGGACCUCUAGUGUUCACAUACCUCAAAUCGCUUAUCUUUUGUGCCUUAAGGAGAAAAAAAUACCAGAACAGUUGUAUCUGUCACAGAUAUAAUACAUCCUAUGGUCAUCGUCACAUUGUCAGUAGGGAGUAUUUGCCUUGUAGGGCCAAUUAAAGGUAAUCAAUUCUCUAUUCUUCACUGUCCUCCUCCCCCCCUUUAGUAAGUGAAAGGGUGCUACAAGAAAGCAAGCAUUCAAACCAUCAAAAAUAAGACAAAUUAUUUUGAGAUAUUUAAAAAAAAAUCUUGACAGGGGAGUAAAACGACCCUUAGGCCUGUAGGGCACAGAACUGCUGGAACACAGCCAGGAUAUGAGGGUCUAAUUCGGCGGUGAAGAGCAGGUUCUCCAGGGUCACCAUGUACUGCUGGAUUAUUUGGUGAUGCUGUGGACGUAAAAAAAAAAAAAAAAAGGGGGUGUUUAGAUCAGGAGAAAGACCGCAUAAGCAAUCUCGCAGGACGUUUCCCUCAGCAGCCUGCCCACAUUGUGGAAUGAUGGGAAGGGUUUGGGGAAAAAAGUGGUUAUGCUUGAUAGGAAGAAUGGGCUCCUGGAAAGCCCCAACAUUAAGAACAUGUAGAGGGAAAUGAAGAAAAAGGGAUGUUUGAUAACUUAGAAACUGGUGAGAACUGAGUCCUUUACGUAAAUGUAGUUCAUGCUUCAAGGCUUGGCAAGAGUGCCUGGUGCUACAGACUAGGUUCAGCUGGGUCUCUCCUAAUUAGGACCAAAGACAGGACUUUGUAAACGGAGCCCAGACAGGGACUGACCCGGCAAGAUUAACAACCCAGGAAGGAGGAUUAGAAUGAAGGUUGCUGAAACAAAUAUUUUGCAAUAAAAGUUUUUUUGCUCUUAUUGGUUAGAACAUUUAAGAUUGUAAAAGAAUACAGAAUUAGCCAAUGACCUGUUAAUUUUUUUUUAACUAUUCCACAAAAUAAACCCAAACCUCAAUAUAGGUCUUAAAUAGCU